AUGGAUCUUUUGAGGAUGUCUGUUGAUGGAGAAUCUACCAUUAAUAAUGAAAUUAUUCCCCAAAUCACAAAGGAGGCAUGCAGCCUUUUUGUUCAUCGACAACGAAAUAAAAGACAGAGGGAUUGGAGAAAUAGAGUUAAAGAUAGACAGAUUGACCAUGGUAAGAGGAUAAAUGAUGCUAUAUUAUUUAAGAAUACUAGUUCGGAUUCUACCAUUGUGCAUGACUCUAUAAUACACCCCGAAUUUGAAGCUUCUACUUCAAAUGAAGAGACGACAAAUAUUUCUAAUUGUGUGCCAGUGUUCAGCAUACCAGUUACUUCAUAUGUAUUACCAAAAUGUAACUAUUGUGGUGCGCAAAAAUUCCAUACAGAAAGUAAAGGAUUUUGUUGUUCAUAUGGAAAAAUUAAGCUCUGUAUACCUGAUUCACCAUUUGAAAUAUAUAACCUAUUUACUUUUAAAGAACCUAUGGAGUUCAAAAAGAUUGCAAGGGGGUAUAAUAACCAUUUUGUAUUUACUUCAUUUGGUGUAAAGUAUGACAAAGAAUUCUUUAAAGCAUAUAGAGGUAUUUACACAUUUAGAGUUCAAGGGCAAGUAUAUCACUAUGUAAAUCGCCUUAUGCCAGAGAAAAAAAUGUCUUUUUAUAUGCAAUUAUAUUUUUAUGAUACGGAAAAUGAACUUCAAAAUCGUAUGAAAAGUUCAGAAAAUUUUGUAGAAUGUGCAUUCCUUGUUCUAAUUGAAAUCCUUAAAAUAAAUCCGUAUAGUCAUUUCUUUAGAUCUUUAAGUGAUAUGAACAAUUUGCACAAUCAUCGUUUACACAUAAGAUGUCAACCAGAGCUUGAUCAAAGAGUAUUCAAUACCCCUACAACGUCUCAAGUUGCUACUGUAUGGGCCGACGAUGAUCAAAACACAAAUGUCCGUGUUCAUGACAUUACGAUAUAUGACCAUUCUAGUGAUUCUCAUAGAGUUCAUUAUAAUUAUGAUUGUUAUGAUCCUUUGCAAUACCCAUUGCUCUUCCCAUUUGGAGAAUCUGGUUGGCAUGAAGGCAUAAAAAGAAUUAAAAACAUAGAGAGCCGAAAUCGCUAUUUACCUGAGUCUACUGGUUUGCCUAACACAAUUAUUUCUGCAACUGAAAUAAUUGAAAAUGAGGAUAAAGUUUUGGAAGUAUUAGUUUUAGGUGCUUCUAAAAUCUUUUGUAUACUCAAUGGAAUGAAGAAACGAUCUCAGGUCUCUUGCCGAGAAUAUUAUUCAAACAAGCUACAAAUUCGGCCUACAAAUAUGUACGUUAAAAUUGAAACUACUAAAUUAGACUAUUUUCAUAAUAAUCAAAAACAAAUUCGUUCUGAAAUCUAUCAAGAUAUUAUAGAUAGUGUUAAAAAUUGGGAGACAAGGGGAUACAAAAUUGGUAAAAAAUUUGUAUUGCCACAGAGUUUUACAUAUGGUCCUAGAGAUAUGCUAAGAAGAUAUGUGGAUGGAAUGACUAUUGUACAACGUUAUGGAAAACCAUAUAUAUUUCUAACUAUAACAUUUAAUUCAAAUUGGUCAGAGAUUAAGGAAAAACUAAAACACAAUGAUGAAGUUCAAUAUCGCCCAAAUUUAAUUGCACGUGUAUUCAAAGCAAAAUUAGAAGAGUUAAAAAAGGAUUUAUACAAGGAAAACAUCAUAGGUCCUGUAAUUGCUCACAUAUACGUGAUUAAAUUUCAAAAAAUAGGGUUCCCUCAUACGCAUCUAUUGUUAAUUUUUAACUCUGGCCACAAAAUCUCCUGUGCUACAGAUCUUGAUAGGGUAGUUUCUUGUGAAAUUCCCGAUAAAAACAAAUAUCCACAUCUUUAUUUUGUUAUUAUGAAACAUAAUAUGCAUGGUCAUUGUGAAAGUCUUAAUCCAAAGAAUGUAUGUAUGGAGGUAAAUAGUAGUUGUAAGAAUAAGCACCCUCGAGCUUAUUGCAACAGUACUAUAUUUGGUGACAGUUCAUAUCCAUUAUAUAGGCGAUGUGAUAGCGGUAUUUACGUUAAAGUUAGAGGAUAA